CAAAGUUGGAAGCAUAGCAUUGUCCAAAAUGUGUUGGUAUGCUGAAGCAUUAAGAUUUCCCUUCACUGGAAGUGAGGGGCUGAGCCCCAGCCCUGAAAACUGCCCCAUGCCAAUACUUUUGUCUAUAUAGUGUAUGUUAUGACUGCAGUCCAUUUGUACUUUGCGUAUCUUGGUAUUGCGCAUUCUCAUUGUCACACCAUUAUUUAUGUUCUUUAAUACACACCAGUGUUGUACCUGCUAUGGCAAGUCAGUGUGAAAGUUUUGUUGUAUUUUAAACAAGUUGCAUUAAACAUUUUAUUUUGAGGGAUACACAAGGCCAACCAUGUAAGUCUCCAAGUAAAAACACGACCAUAAUUUUACCGCAGUGCAGACACUAAAUCAAAUGAAAUGUCUCCACACAAUAAAACAAGUUUUGCUGCGGUCAUGUGGAUCAGCAGUUAGCUGUAGUUCUACAGCAUAGCCAGCAGAUGGCGCACUGGCGGCUUCCUCAGGCCCUGUGGUAUGGAGUUGGAGUGUCGGGAGGACGGCUCUGAUCAUGUAAAAUCAGUAGAAAUCUUUUAUCAGAUAAACUGUAUUGUUUGUUGGCGGUUAGCUUCACAGAAAUUUGCACAACGCGUUUGUGUUCCGAGUUAAAAGCAAAGGAGGUCCGAAUAACAGUGCAGUUGCUGGGCCCGGAUAUUUGUGUGUGCAGAAAGUGGAAGACUUGUUGCACGUCUGCCGAUCAGCCAUUGUGGACGUCGGAAAUGGGGAAGGUCUAGUUCAUUUGCCCGCUGGCUUCAGAGUUUCUGAUACGCCGACUCCAAAAAUGAGCCGAUAGCUCACUCAUUGUGGAGACCUGUGAUUAAAUCUCCGAGCUGAUAACCACAAGCGAGUACAUCAUGAAGAAGAUGGCAUCCAAACAACCCUGGACUCAGAUCAUCAUCACAUUAUCGUCCAUAUUGUCCCUGGUCCUGUGCAGCACGGCGCAAGAUGUCCCAGAGGAGGAAAGCUUCAGUGCUGAGACAUGGCUGCGUAAGUUCGGCUACCUGUCUCAGGCGAGCAGACAGAUGUCCACCAUGCAGUCGGCUCAGAUUCUGUCCAAAGCCAUCAGUGACAUGCAGCGCUUCUAUGGCCUAGAGGUGACUGGAGAGAUGGACCCUGCGACUGUUGCGGCCAUGCGUCGUCCACGCUGUGGCCUCCCAGAUAGGAAAGCGUCGGAGAUGGAUGACAGCGCAAGGAAAAAACGCUACGCUCUUACUGGACAGCAGUGGGACAAAGACCGCAUCACUUACAGUAUAAUGAACCAGCACAUUCCCACCUCGCUGGGUGUGGAGAGGACGUCUGACGCAAUCCGCAAGGCCUUUGACGCGUGGAGACGAGUCACGCCGCUCACCUUUGAGGAGAUACCUGCUGAAAACAACAUCAACAUCAACAGCAGCCAGGCGGAGCUUGCUGACAUCCUGUUGUUAUUUGCCUCUGGUUUCCAUGGUGAUAUGUCGUUGUUUGAUGGAGAGGGUGGGUCGCUGGCACACGCCUACUACCCGGGACCAGGAAUAGGUGGGGACACACACUUUGAUGCUGAUGAACCUUGGACCCUGGACAACCAAAACCCUGAAGGUGUAGACCUCUUCCUGGUUGCAGUCCAUGAGCUUGGUCAUGCUUUGGGUCUGGAGCAUUCAGAUAAUCCCAGUGCCAUAAUGGCUCCUUUCUACCAAUGGAUUCACACACACAACUUCACCCUACAUGAGGAUGACAUCAAAGGCAUACAGUACAUAUACGGUCCUCCUCUCAUCACUGAGGCUCCACCAACUUCUCCUCCCGAUCCUGCCAAAGAGCCUGAAGAUGAAUCCCCCACCUCCUCUUCUCCUCAUGAGGAUGAACUCACCUCCACUUCUCCCACCAACCCACCACCCGAAUCACCCCACCCCACAGACGGCAGCCAGCAUUUCCCAGUCUUGCCAGAGCCAAGUCCCAGCCCAACCUCACCUCCUGUCCUCCCCACAUUCGCCCCCACUGACUCUCAGCCUGAACCAGAACCUGUCACUCCACACGUUAGAAAAGAUGCCCCCCCUCGACAGCCUCCCCCCCGGCCCCCUGCUCCUCCUCGACCUCCCAAAUUGCCAGACAACCAGGCCCCCAAUAUCUGUGAUGGGGACUUUGACACAGUGACGAUGCUGAGGGGGGAGAUGUUUGUUUUCAAGGGUCGCUGGUUCUGGCGUGUGCGGAGGAACCGGGUCUUGGAUAACUACCCCAUGCCGAUAUCUGUCUUCUGGAUCGGCCUGCCUAGUGACAUUGAUGCAGCCUACGAGCGCCACGAUGGCAAAUUUGUCUUCUUCAAAGAUGACAGAUACUGGGUAUUCAGGGAAGCUGAUGUACUGCCAGGAUACCCACAGCCCUUACAUGAGUAUGGCCAAGGAGUCCCUGCGCACAAGAUUGACACAGCAAUCUGGUGGGAACCCAAUGGAUACACAUACUUCUUCUCUGGCGACAGGUACUGGCGAUACAAUGAGGAGACCCGCACUACAGACCGUGACUUCCCCAAGCCAAACAGCAGAUGGGGCAACAUCCCUCAUUCACCCAAAGGAGCCUUCCUCAGUGAUGACGGCGCUUACACCUAUUUCUACAAAGGCAGCAAUUACUGGAGGUUUGACAACCACAGGACAGAGGCAGACAAAGGCUACCCUCGCUCCAUCCUGAAGGAUUUCAUGGGUUGUGUGGGAGUCCCUGACCCUAAGCCCGACACAGACACUGAACAGGAACCAAAAGACAAACCAGUCAACCCUUCAGACCGGGGCAAAGAUGAGCACAAAGAGCCGGACAGGAGCGGGGACAAAGACACAGCCCCAGAGGAAGACCAACCCUUAAAGCCUGACAGUGCAGAGGAAGACGAGGAUAAAGAGGUGAACGUGCUCGUGACUGUCGCCGACAAUGAAUCAAAGGUCAUGACCCUGAUCAUGGUGGUUGUCCCUCUGGUGCUCAUCCUGUGCAUCCUCAUCCUAAUCUACGCCAUCCUCAGGACUCUGCAGAACAAAGAGACGCCAAGGGCCUUGGUGCACUGCAAACGUUCCUUGCAGGACUGGGUUUGAGCCACAGAAUUAGAAGAGAUAGAAUGGGUGUUCAUCAUUUGUCUGAUACAGUCGUUGGCGUCACAGAUUUUUCUUAUGGUGUGGUGGACCGAAGCUUCGACACAGUGCUCAUCUAAGACAGCCAAGGACAAGUCAUCGUUUUGGACCCCAUUCAGUGAGAGCUUUUGUUGCUCAUGAGAAAUAACGUAAAAGUGCUAAAGUUGAUGGCUGUGGAGGUGCAGUUUCCCUCUGCUGACCUUGAAGUUUUCCUCCUGUGCCUUCCAAUUUUGUGAAAAAGUAUCUCAAUUUUAAAAAAACAAAAAUCAGAUUUAUCCCAUCACAUCAUCAGAAAAAGAUGUCAGCCACCCAAUGUGUACUGUAGAAGACUCAUGACACAUUAGGAAUGUUCGUUUCUAUCAUUGCCAAUCACACAGAGGGAAGACAGACGAUUUAUUUGUAGUAUAAAUGCAGACAAAGUCGAUAAUGCACAUACAUGACAUAUAGAUGCACACACACACUGCACACACACACAAACAUGAGUGCUUACAGCUAUGACAUCAAAUAUGCAAAUACAUGCAUUAACAUGAACAAGUCUUCCUUAGAACUAAAGUGCCUCAACCAAUCAACAUUUUUCUCUAUUUAGAACAGAUAAUUUGCACUUUUUAUUCUGUUUAUUGUUGUCUGAUUUGCUGAGGUUGCUUCACUGAUGAUGUGAAUGUGUGUGUUCAUGUAAAGCAGAACAAACACACAGACAUAUUAGCAGAAGAAGCUCAUCCUCGACCAGCGCUGGAAUGUCAGACAGCUGUGUGUGUCCGUGACUGCCCGUCUCCCACGAGCCCAUUAUUUCUGCCCUCUCCCUCACACACACACCAAUGUCACAUGAUCUUAAAAAACUCUAACUGCACUCAUUUAUGCAUCCAUGUCCACACACACACACACACACAUGCACGCACGCACACACACACAUUAAGGCAUAGAGACCACUUACCCAAACAAAGGCACGUAGAGUUUUUGCACACAGACACACAGACUCCAGCCUCCCCUCCUCCCACCGCAGCCAGGAUAACUGUUCAGACUGGACCACUAAAAACACAAUCCCAGAGGAGACAUAUUGACAUAUGACUGGUGCCAGGGUUGGGGGUGAAAUACAUGAGGACGGAGGGGCAUUUAUUCACAUUUAAUGUAAAGAAAAGUGUUUAGAAAUGUAUUUUACAAGUUCUGCCCACCUCAACUCGACCUGUGAAGUGUAAAACCAUAGCAGCAAUGUUCGUCUUUCUGCAUCUCCUCUUCUUUUUUCAUGCUAAAGCUAAAGAGAGUUGAAGCUAAUUAAGUGUACAAGGGAGAAGCCUGCAGGCUAGAAAGGAAUGGGUCAGGGUCUGGAUUCCAUUAAGCCCACAUGCUGCUGAUUUAGUAGUGUCAGCCACGGCGAGGGGUGGAGAGAGGGGAGUUGGGAAAAAUGCUAAAAGAAGGAGGUAUAAUAUGAGGGGGAAAUGAGAUAGAAUGAUGAAAUGAUGAGGAAAGAAAGAAACCGGGGAGGCACACAUUGAGGAGGGGAGAAGGAGGGCUCUGCCAGCAUUUCCUGUCCGGUUUUCAUGAGGAAAGGAGGAGCAAAGAAGGAGAGAGGAAGGAUUUUGGGGAGGGACAGCGCUGGCGUUGCACCUCCUGACCUAGAUAGGGACACUAAGUCCACUCCUCCUUUUCAGUUCUUGUUUUUGCUCCGCUGGUUGUCAUGAGCUAGAGAGAUUUCCUCUGUGACCCUCUCCUCCCUUCCUGCUCUAUCUUUCUCUCUACUUUCUUUUUUGUUUAUCCAUUCUCUGUCUGUCUUUAUCUCUUCCCUGUUUCAUAGCUGUAAUUACCCCACUGCUGCGCUCCCAGAUGUAUUAAUUUUCUUCUCCGCUCUUCUGGAAAGUUAGCUCAAGCAUUUUAAAGCUGCCUCUCACACAUAAACAGCUGCAGAGAACGAUCCUUUCUUUAUAUGUCCUUUGAGUCUCCCACUGUCUUGCUGUCUCUAUGUAAAGCCACUAUUCAUUGCUUAUCAUUUGCUUUAGAUUUGUGCCUUUUUCUUGUGCCUGUGUUCUGUCUUACACGUUUCAUUGUCCCUUUUUCUGUGAACACUUGGGGGAUAUUUCUUUUUACUAUAAAUAGCAUGAGGGAGUGUUUUUGAAAUUGUCUCUCUUUCCUUUUUACUCUACUUAUAAAUUGUGGUUUUGUACAUUUUGUUUCUGUUCAGUUUUUUUUUAAACAACAGUAGUAGAUUGUUACGACAAUGUUGAUGCAUGCAGGGCAUGUUCUGUAAGGCCUGUGCACUCCCAUGUACGUUCAGGAUUUCGCAAUAAAACUCACACUAAAAGCAA